AAGAUCAUGAUUUCUUCCCAAACUUAACUACCAAAGGAGAGAGAUGACAGUCUGCCGUAAUGCUGUUUUUCUUUACCCCUGGGCCUGAGAAACCUUUUAAAUCUCUUGAAAUAUGUUGGCGCAGACGAGGACCGUAGGCUAAACAACAUUCCUGGACGUGCAAUUCUCUCCCCUCCAGGUCAUGAUCAGCUCAAUGUAUGUGUCCUCUCAGGGCCAUACUUCAGCCCAUGGCCAUGACAGGACCUCGUCGAAAACAUAUCUAAGGGAAGACUUGGACAAACAAGGGGAUGUCACAAAAAAGGUUGUGAUCAACGUUGGUGGCAUGCGCCAUGAAACUUACAUGGGCACUCUCAAGAGCUUGCCUGGUACCCGUUUGGCUAAACUGAUGGAUCAUGACCCCAGUGGUGACCCUGAAUUCUUCUUCGACAGACAUCCAGGUGUUUUUUCCAAUGUUCUGAAUUAUUACAGAACCGGUAAGCUUCACUGUCCAAAAGAUGUCUGCGGUCCCCUUUUUGAAGAGGAGUUGGCUUUUUGGGGGGUUGACAAGGUGGACGUGGAACCUUGUUGCUGGAUAACAUUCUGCCAACAUAGGGAUGCCGAAGAGGCCCUUGCAGCGUUCGGGCCAUCUGACUCGAAUGAGCACCACAAUGAAGAGUUUCCAGAGUCAUUCGAUGUUGAGGACAACCCAGCUAAUUCUCAGAGCUGCUUCAAAAGGUGGAAACCAAAAAUAUGGGCUUUAUUUGAUGACCCUUUCUCGUCUAAGGCUGCCAAGGUCAUUGCGUUUGUUUCCCUCUUCUUCAUCCUCCUUUCCAUCACAGCUUUCUGUCUGGAGACACAUGAGAGCUUCCACAAGUUAGAGAAACGCACAGAGCUGGUCAUAGAUGGGAACCACACCGAAGAGGUGACGUACUAUGAGAUAGUGACCGAACCUACUCUGACUGUGGUGGAGGGCGUCUGUGUGGUGUGGUUCAUAUUUGAGUUCCUGGUCCGUUUCACCUGCUGCUCCAACAUACUGGUGUUUGUGAAGAACAUACUAAACAUCAUUGACUUUGUGGCCAUCCUGCCCUUCUUCCUGGAUGUGGGGCUGAGUGGGAAAGCCCUGGGUUUCCUGCGUGUGCUGAACUUUGUGAGGAUCCUGAGGAUCUUUAAGCUGAUGCGCCACAUGGUGGGAGUGCGUGUGUUAGUCUACACACUAAAGGCCAGCGUUCAAGAGUUCUGCCUCCUUGCUGUCUUCUUUGGAAUUGGAAUGCUAAUUUUCAGCACCCUGGAAUUCUACGCAGAGCGAGUACAUGGUGACCCUGAAGACCCAACUUCGACUGCGCACACCAAUUUUAAGAACAUCCCCAUAGGCUUCUGGUGGGCGGUGGUUACCAUGACAACGCUGGGCUAUGGGGACAUGUACCCGGAGACCUGUUCCGGCAUGGUAAUUGGAGCCCUGUGUGCUCUGGCAGGUAUUCUGACCAUAGCCAUGCCUGUCCCAGUCAUAGUCAAUAACUUCCGCCUGUACUACUCCCUGGCCAUGGCCCAACAAAAGCUCCCAAAGAAGAAGAAGAGGCAACACCUGCCCCUGUCUGGAGCGCUUAGCCAGCCAUCCCCAAGAGAGGAGCAGUUAGAAUUAUGCCUGUUAUCAGGGGAGCGGUGUUGUUCAGAGUGAAUCCCGGCGGUAGUCUGGCUAUGAGACCCUGGAGGUAAAGACUGGAUCCUGAUUGUACCAUUACACCGGAUUGGGGCAUUAUAGAUAUGUUAUACCAUGAAUAACAUUAUAACAUUUUACAUUUGAAUAUAUUUUUAGCCCUCAACUAGAAAAAACUGGCAUGUUAGUUCUGUGUUUGCAGUUAAGGGCAAGGCAUGCUGCUUUGUUUUGAGCCAGCUGCAGCUUUGCUAGGGAUUUCUUUGCUGCACUUGACCAUAUUACCGGACAGUAAUCAAGAUGGAACAAGAUCAGAGCCUGAACAACUAGUACAAUUGAUUUUAGUGUUAAAAAAACGUUUUAUACCAGACAUAACCCUCCCCAUCUUCACAACAACUUUGUCAAUAUGAUUUGACCAUGAUAAUUGACCAUUGAAUGUUACCUAGGAGUUCAGCUUCCUCAACUUGCUCAAUGGUCACACCCUUUAUGCACAACUCCAUUUGAGGUUUAGGUCUUAGAGAUUGUUUUGAACCAAAUACAAUGCUUUUGCUGACAUGUAGAGUGUGUAAUCAUAUUCAAGUUUCAGUCAAGUAAUUUACACUGAACAAAAAUAUAAACACAACAUAUGAAGUGUUGGUCCCAUGUUUCAUGAGCUGAAAUGAAAGAGCCCAGACAUUUUCCAUGAGCACAAAAAGCUUCUUUCUCUCAAAUUUUGUAAGCAAAUUUGUUUACAGUACAUCCGUGUUAGUGAGCAUUUUUCCUUUGCCAAGAUAAUACAUCCACCUGACAGGUGUGGCAUAUCAAGAAGCUUAUUAAACAGCAUGAUCAUUACACAGGUGCACCUGUGUUGGGGACAAUAAUUGGCCACUGUAAAAUGUGCAGGAUAGUCCACCAGACGUAGUUUUAGAGAAUUUGGCAGUAUGUCCAACCGGCCUCACAACCGCAGACCACGUGUAACUACGCCUGCCCAGACCACAUGUUUUCUUCACCUGCGCGAUCAUCUGAGACCAGCCAUCCGGACAGCUGAUUAAACUGAGGAGUAUUGUGGUCUGUAAUAAAGCCCUUUUGUUGGGGAAAAACAUUCUGUUUGGCUGGGCCAGGCUCUCCACUGGGUGCAUUGGCACCCAAGUGGGUGGGCCUAUGCUCUCCCAGGCCCACCAAUGGCUGCGCACCUGCCCAGUUAUGUGAAAUCCAUAGAUUAGGGCCUAAUGAAUUUAUUUCAACUGACUGAUUUCCUUAUAUGAACUCUAACUCAGUAAAAUCUUUGAAAGUGUUGCAUGUUACGUUUAUAUUUUUUUAUAACCACGCCUGCCCAGGACCUCAACAUUGGCUUCUUCACCUGUGGGAUCGUCUGAGACCAGCCACCCAGACAGCUGAUGAAACUGAGGAGUAUUUCUGUCUGCAAUAAAGCCCAUUUGUGGGGGAAAAAAUAUUCUGAUUGGCUGGACCUGGUUGCCAAAUGGGUGGGCCUAUGCCCUCCCAGGCCCACCCAUGGCUUUGCCCCUGCCCAGUCAUGUGAAAUCCAUAGAUUAGGGCCUAAUUUAUUUAUUCCAAAUGACUGAUUUACUGUAACAGUAAAAUACUUGAAAUUGUUGCAUGUUGCGUUCAUAUUUUGGUUUAGUAUAGCUAUACUAAUUCAUUUUACAUUAAUUGAGCAUUGAUUUAGACAUGUACUUUUCUAUAUGUGAAACAAUGACUUGAAACAAUGCUAUUUUUGUAAUUUGAUCAAUACUUGCCUGGUUAAUUCUUAUUCAUGAUUUGUUUAGGUGAGAGUGUGAAAUCACAUUGAUAUUUAAAACAAAAGGAUGAUUUAUCAGGAGAAAUUUAAACACAGAUGAAAUGCAUUAUCUUUGAUAUAAAAACAUAAAAACCUCUAACAAUACUAACACUACAAAUUAAAACAUUGCAAUUAUAGUUACUGUAUAUUCUAUAGUUUCUAAGUUUCUGUUAAGUCAUUUUCUCAUUAUGUGUCACAGUUGGGUGAGAGCAUAAUAUCACCACAAUAUCUGUCUGUAAUAAUCAUCCGCAACAGAGUAAAAACAGGUCUAAUAAAAAUGUCUACUGCC